AUGCAGAGCGACAAGGACACCAGGAAACAUCGUCAAGCUUACAGGAUGCUUCAAGGCCUAUUCCUGAGCUACUGUUUUGAUGACGGUUGCGUUCGCUCGGCGCUUUCCUACGAAGCGCAACCAGAGGACGUGUUCGUCGUGACCUAUCCGAAGCGUGGGACAACCUGGCUCCAAUACAUUCUGUGCGCCAUCUUCAACGACAGAGUUCCCCCCGUGAACAGUCAAGACUUCUGGUCGAAGAUGCCCUUUUUGGAGGCUUGCGGACACAUUGGCAGAACUCCCAGACCGAUCGCCAUUAAGACGCACCUUCCUUUCCCGAAACAACCAUAUUCGAAGCAGGCCAAGUACCUGUAUCUCGCGAGGAAUCCUUACGAUUGCUGCGUCUCCUGUCUCUACGCUAUCAAAGUCGCGCCUGCCUACGCCUUGGAGGAGGGAACCUUCGAGGAGUUCUUGGACAUGUUUCUAGAAGGGAAGGUAGAGUUCGGUGACUACUUUGAGAGCCUCCGCUCUUAG